GAUGACUCAGGAAGCUGACUUCUUCGGCGACCGGUUACGCCUUUCCGCGUUUCUACGUAUUGUCGCUGAUGGCAUACCUCAGCGUCCCACACGAUUCAAACGUCGUUUAUUCGGAAUCUGUCAUGGCGAGCCUUCAUGUCAGCAAGGCCCUGGCUUGCUUGAUGCAAAAAGUGCUCCAGAUCAAGAAACCGCAGAUAAUACUACAGUCCCUGACGUGGUCCGCUCAUCAUCGCCGCAACCACCAGAGCUCGCGGCAGAAGGUCAUCGCUUAGCGGACCACGCCAACAGCAGGUCUCAGGAAGACCGCGGGCGUGCCGAACCAGAAGAUCAGCGACGGAUUGGUGAACGAACAUCAAUUACAGCAAUCAACAAGCCGCCCAACCAGCCGCGCCAGGUCUCACGCAUUCGGAGAAGGCGGCACUUGCCUGUGAACGAACUCGCUCUGCUACGAACUACGUCCUCAAAUGGUCUACCGUUACCGCGUGACGCCGACCACAUCUUUGUCGUUCCUGUCGCUGCUCUUGACCCCAUCGAAGACAGCCAAAUACGGUCAGCAACACUUUUCAAGAAUUCAGCGGGACGAUCUCAAGGCCAUCGUGUCCGAAAGCUAUCGCCGGUCAGAGGUGUCAAGUCUGGCUCACCAGCGUUGCUGCUGCGCGAGCGAUUUGCUCAUGUCUCUUCCGCAAAGUCCAAAGGGUCGCACAGCAGCACGUCUCCAAGAUCCGAACUCGCCACAGGAUCGGAUGGCUUUGUCGGUGUGGAGCUCCAUAUACAGCAUCCAACGAAAUGGAACAAGCCGCGUGCCAGCAACAGACCUAGGACGAAGAAAAGCGUUUGCAAUAAUGGCGGACUUGUCUUGACUUCCGGCUACUUGCCCGCGCCCCCUAUCGAGCAUCAGCACAGUGGCCUCAUCAUGACAGAAUCGCAAUUGCAUACUGCAGCCCUCCAGGCUGCUGGGACGACCAACGAGGCAAUUGUAUCGCUGCCAUUAUUGCAGCACGCCGUUGCAGAAGUCUUCAAGGUGACAAGGGAGAAGGAAGCGAGAGAGCGUCGCCAAUCUCAGGUGCAACGAUACGACGACCUUGUGCGCAGUCAAUUGUCCAUCGUGACGGCACCGAGCAGACGCACACCCGAGAGUUCGAGCUCAGGCAGUGCUGGUGAUGCUGAUGAGAAGGUCACAUACAGUCGCACACCCAGCCUCGAGUUUGAUGAGAGUCACGAGCAAAUUACUCCCCAGUGGCUAUGUACAGCAGCGACAGGGCGCGCACAUGAUCAAAUCGAAGCUGAACGGUAUUUUGAACGUGCGAUGUGUGAUCUCGAUGCGGCGGGGCGAUCUGACAGUGUGAGUGGCGAGCUCUGCCCUCAGUACAGUGGACUGGAAAGGAGUGAUGGACUCUGGGACGCUCGUGGUGCCACGGGUUCAGUGCGUUACAUUUAAGCGUUUCUGCAAAACGUGCAACAUACAAGUAUCUAUCCGGUAAAUAUCACAGUCUCAUAUUCUCUCG